AUGUGCAAAAGAAAACACGCGACUGAGAAAACGCUGGUGCAGCAGGUUAUUUCAAUAUUUGUAUAUAGGCUACUAUUAUAUUGUAUUCUGAUCGUUUUCAUUCUACACAUCUGAUAUUCAGUUAGGCGGCGUCAAAUUGUUUUAGAAAAGAUAUAAAGUGAAAAGAAUCCUUGUUGUUGGCCAACCCUUUAUUACGGUACCGGUAUGGAGGGGCAGUUUGAUGAUUUGGACCAGGCGGAGGAAUAUUUGCAAAUGAUGACAAAAACUAAUCCUAUUCAAGAAGGAUGUAUCGAUUCAAAUACAAACAUAGCAGAUGAUGAUGACAAUUGGAGUGAUGAUAACUAUAUGGAAAUGGAUGAAAUGUAUACAGAAAAUUGCAGAGGAAACGGGGCCAAGUAUUCAUCCAACCAAUCUUAUCAACCUGUGGAUAAAAUGUUAUCAAAAUUUUCUGACAAGAUUCAUCUUGAUGCAUAUGAGCAUCCUAGUAUUCCGCAACAUAAUCUCGCACAAGUUCGACAAAUGGAUAAACGAAUGGUUGAAAACAAAAAUCGAGUAAAAGACAAAUCGGAUCGAGCAACUAUUGAACAAGUCAUGGAUCCAAGAACUCGAAUCAUACUUUUCAAAAUGCUGAGUCGUGGCGUCAUUAAACAGAUCAAUGGUGUAAUAAGCACUGGGAAAGAGGCUAAUGUUUAUCAUGCCACAAAUCAACAUGGAGAAGACAGAGCAUUAAAAAUAUAUAAAACUUCAAUAUUGACGUUCAAAGAUCGAGAUCGAUAUGUAACGGGAGAAUUUCGUUUCAGAAGAGGGUAUUGCAAGGGAAAUCCAAGAAAAAUGGUUGCCACUUGGGCAGAAAAAGAAAUGAGAAAUCUCACAAGAAUGCAUCAGGCUGGGUUACCUUGUCCUGAACCCCUUAUGCUGAGAAGUCAUGUUUUGCUAAUGAGUUUUAUCGGAACAGAUGGCUGGCCUGCACCAUUGUUAAAAGAUGCUGCUUUAUCAGAAUCCAAAUCAAGGGAAUUAUAUUUUGAAUGUAUUCAUUUGGUAAGAAGAAUGUAUCAUGACUGCAAAUUAGUUCAUGCCGACUUCAGCGAAUAUAAUAUUUUAUAUCAUGAUGGGGGAUUAAUCAUAAUUGAUGUUUCUCAAUCUGUUGAACAUGAUCACCCACAUGCUUUGAAUUUUUUACGAAAGGAUUGCAAUAAUGUGAAUGAAUUUUUCAAAAAGAAGGGAGUUGCCGUUAUGAAUUUGAGAGAACUCUUUGAAUUUGUUACAGAUGUUGAUAUAACAGAAGAAAAUAUCGAUUCAUAUUUAGAUAAUGCGAUGAAAAUUACGUCGGAACGAGUAUCUACACUCGAACAAAAAGACGAGGAAGAACAGAAUGCUGAUUUAGAGGAGCAAAUAUUCAAACAAGUUUUUAUUCCGAGGACGCUGGAUGAAGUUCCGAAUUUUGAACGAGAUGUCGAUGCAGUUAUGCAUACUGGAGAUGACUCACAUAUAUUGUACCGAUCUGUGACAGGAAUGAAUGUAAAGUUAUCUAAAAGCAAAACUACAGGAUCUGAUGAAGAUGAAGAUGACAACUCUGAAGAUAGCGACAAUGAAAGUUCGAAGUCUGCUGAGGAUGAGAAUCAAAGUGAAAUUUCCACAUCAUCCUCUUGUACAGUUUGCGUUAGAAAUAUGACAAAAGAAGAAAAAAGAUUACAUAAACAAAAAGUCAAAGAAGAAAAUAGAGAAAAAAGAAAUAACAAAGUUCCGAAACACAUAAAAAAGAGAAAGGAAAAAUUAGCUAAACUUAGGAAACCAAAAACAUAAUUUAAGUGGGUAUUGGUGGAAUUGUUUUGUGUUUAUUCGGGAUGGUUGAAGCCAGGUAUAUUUCAGUAUUGUAUUGCUUAGGCAGGGAUUGCAUUCAGUUAUUACCUAAAAACAAGGCAAUGGACAGAAAUACUUCCCUAACCGGUCUAAUAUGUUCAUAAUAUAUUUUAAUCCAGAGCCUAUCGGCAAAACAGGCGACAGCACAAAUCGCAGGUAAAAAGAAUAAUUUGAGAGGAACGAGGUCGCUGAAAAGGCGGAGAAAAUACACAUCACAUUAGGAAAAGUUUGCGAGGCGAACCGAUCCUUGGGUAAAAGGUGCAUUGAAU